CAAAAAAUCAAUUUACCGACUGCAAUUGAUGAUAACAACUUACCGACUAUACUCGGAUGAUAAUCAAGAAAAUAUGUAAAUAAUUUAAUUAAACAAUGAGAAUUAAAACAAAUAAAAUAGCUUUAUUAAUCUUCAAUACAGAUGAAUUACAGUUUUAAAAUUAAAGAUAUUUCAUACAAAAAAAGUUUAUUCUGAACGUACUGAUGAUUUGAGAUUACAGGCCUUGUGAAAACGCACCUCAAAGGUGCUAGUCCAUUUUAAAAUAAAACAGGUGAAAAGCUAUUGAGAGUAUUUCUCGCAAGUGAAUACUGUGUCCGAGAGUGACUGUCAGAGAGCAUGACUCCUCUCAGAGAGCAGUUCUGUGGGAACUUGCUUUGAAAUUGAGACAUCAUAAUAAUACUAUCAGAAAGCUACUCUCGAAAUACGAACUAGGUUCAGAAGCGAUCGCUGGUGCACAAGUUGAAUUUUUGAAUACAGCAAUCUCUUAAAAAUGACCGCACGGAAGGAAUGGUCGAGAGAGGAGACCUUCAGCCUGAUCAGUAUUUAUAAGAAGAAUUCAAUGCUAUGGAACCUAAAAGACAGCGAAUAUAGAAACAGAGAUAGAAAGAAUAAAACAAUACAUGAAAUAGCAGUAAAAUUUCGAUGUUCAUCGGAGGAGAUACAACGAAAAUUGCAUAAUUUAAGGAACCAGAUGUCACAAGAAUUAAGAAAGAUGAUAAAAAAGAAAGACAGGAAUGGAUCGGCUGAGACAGACGUUUCUAACUGGCCAUACUUUUCUGCUUUAAAGUUUUUAAUUCCCGUAGUUUGUACAAAUAUGACACAGUCCUCACUCGUACAGGCAUCAGCGUCUAUUCUCGAAAGAACCGAGGCAGAGAAAUAUGCAGUCGAUAAGGAUGCAGAAAGCGAAGAAGAAGAGAAGAGAAUACUCCCGACACAGAAAAAGCGUAAAAACGAAGAUGAUAAUAUUAGGGAUCAAUUGUUCAAGUUCGCAUUCGAAACGAUUGUAAAACAACCUGACGAUUAUGAUAAAUUUGGACAAUACGUUGCGUUGGAAUUAAAAGCAUUAAAAUCAGACUUUAAUAAAGCUAGAUUAAAAAGCGAAAUACGAAAAAUAAUCGCCCGCGUCGCAGAUGAAGAUCUCUAUGGAACUACUUCAAAUACGUCUUCAUCUAUUUCGGACGCAGAGAUGAUUAUGAAAGCAAGUAUACAUAGCGAAGCAGAACUUCUCUCUCCUCCAAUGCCAAAGAACGACUGAUUUGUUUGAGGUCGAAUUCUACCUUCUUGAUCAUCUCUUAAUUAUAGUAAGUACUCAUUAAAUGCACGUCAAAACUUACUAUCCUUUGUCUUAUCCUGUUGACAGAAGUUUUAAAUGUACAGUGAUUUACAGCUGGUUAAUACUUUAAAAUAAAGUAUUCUUACUAUUUCGUCGAUUAUUUCUAAUUAAUUUCGUUUGAUUGAUUUUUACUUCAAUUCUUAUGCACUGCAAUGCGUGCAUAUACAUUCGCUUCUAUCUUACUUUUCCAUCAUCUAAUAAAAUAAUAAUUAUACAUAAAUUAAUUGUUCAGUACGAUGUAAGAAUAAAUAUUUCAAGUAUUUCUACCUUUUAA